AUCGGCCCAACUGUGGUAAUCGAUAGGCAAAGCAGCGUUGUUGUCCAAUCAGAAAAAGUGUAGGCGCAGAGGAAUAGCAUAAAUUAAAUCUUAAAGAUCAAUGUUGAGGCCGAAACUGAGAUAACAAAUCGCACGAGCAAGAAGAAGACCAAUCAGAAAAGAGCCAACGGAUUAACAACAUUAAUAGCACCUGAAUAAAAGCAAUAACAACGAAAUGUCGCGUAAAAUGGCCAAGUUCUACAAGCUGGAUAUCAACCGCACCGAGUGGGAGAUACCGGAGACGUACCAGAACCUCCAGCCCGUGGGUCAGGGAGCCUACGGUCAGGUGUGCAAGGCCGUGGUCCGUGGAACCAGCACAAAGGUGGCCAUCAAGAAGCUGGCCAGGCCCUUCCAGUCGGCAGUGCAUGCCAAGCGCACCUACCGGGAGCUUCGGCUACUGAAGCAUAUGGACCACGAGAAUGUCAUCGGCCUGCUGGACGUAUUUCAUCCCGGACAGCCCGCCGAUUCGCUGGAGCAGUUCCAACAGGUGUACAUGGUGACGCACCUGAUGGACGCCGAUCUGAACAACAUCAUUCGCACCCAGAAGCUGUCGGACGACCAUGUCCAGUUCCUAAUCUACCAGAUCCUGCGCGGCCUGAAGUACAUCCACAGCGCCGGGGUCAUUCAUCGCGACCUGAAGCCCUCAAAUAUCGCGGUUAACGAGGACUGCGAGCUGCGCAUCCUGGACUUUGGCUUAGCCCGUCCCGCGGAGAGCGAGAUGACCGGGUACGUGGCCACGCGAUGGUACCGGGCGCCUGAGAUCAUGCUCAACUGGAUGCACUACAACCAGACGGUAGAUAUCUGGUCGGUGGGCUGCAUCAUGGCCGAGCUGCUGACGGGACGCACCCUCUUCCCGGGAACCGAUCACAUUCACCAGUUGAACCUGAUCAUGGAGGUGCUGGGCACGCCGGCCGACGAGUUCAUGAGCCGGAUCUCCUCGGAGAGCGCCCGAAACUACAUCCGAUCGCUGCCAGUGAUGCCGCGGCGCAACUUCCGAGACAUCUUCCGCGGUGCCAAUCCGCUGGCCAUCGAUCUUCUGGAGAAGAUGCUGGAGCUGGACGCCGACAAGCGCAUCACCGCCGAGCAAGCGCUGGCCCAUCCAUACAUGGAGAAAUACCACGAUCCGACCGACGAGCAGACAGCUGCGCUGUACGACCAGAGCUUCGAGGAGAACGAGCUGCCGGUGGAGAAAUGGCGGGAGAUGGUCUUCACUGAGGUGACGGCUUUUAAGCCCACAGCCGCCUUCGCCGAGCUACUGCCCAAGGAGCAGUAAUCCCGUCCGAUGUCCCUGUCCGUUCAAUGAUGCUAUAUACAUUUAGAUGAGUCUUCUUUACACCUAGUUCAAGCGGAUGUGCUCAGUCGUGAUUUCUCUAUUCGUCGAGUGUAAACAAUGUGGGAUAUUUAUUCUAGAGCGAUUUAUAUUUAGAAACGCUUCAGUGGCUGGAUUUAAACAAUUUGUUGUGACCACAGAAGCGCACGUAAAAGUAAGGUGAAAAUGUAUUUUCGAACCCCCGAUUAGCAUUCGAUGAAUACAGAAAUUGCGGUUGAACUAGGUACAUGCAUAUAAUGUAGCGAUUUGGAAAUGUUUCCAAAAAUCAAAGUCACAGCCUUAAUGUCCAGUUCAACUUUAGAUUUGGUGUCGGUUUUAAAACACACAGUUCUUGUGAAUAAUCCUGUAAAUGUGAGUGUACAUGUACAUCCUAGUUCGUAAGCGAACGCAUCUCGCGGCCAGUAACUAUAAAAAGAGCACUAGUGUCUACGUUGAAUCCAAAUAAAUGUGCUAUGUAUUUUAAAAGAGAAGAUCCUCAA